AUGUAUAAUUUAAUUUCUACUGAAAUCAUUAAAACAAAGUCUAGUGACAGCAUUAAAGGUAGAAUUAAACGAAUAUUGGAAAAUAUUUUUGGAUGUCGUGAAAAUAUUAAUACUUCUUUUCUUUCAAAUGAUUCAACAAGAUAUAUCAGUAAUGAUGAAGAAAAGGAAGUUAAAACUACAAAAAGAAAAAAGAAUUCAACAGUAGAGUUUUUGGUUGAUGAUAUGAAUAGCAUUAACCAAAUAGCUGAACGAAAAUUUGAAUUAGAACGUGAUAGAAUGGACAAGGAAUAUAAAUUGCAAUCAGAAAGGUAG